AUGUUCUCAAGAGCCAUUCGCCAGUCGAGCCGCCGGGUUGCUGCAAUCUCUGCCACCAGCAGGAUUGCUUCGCUGCGAGGGCUGCGCUGGGGGCGAGAGCAGCAACGAGCUCCCCUCCAUUACGAAGCAGUACUGACAGCAUUGGCCCGCCUACAGACCCGCGCUCCCACAUUCACCAGCGCCAUCCGAUCCUACGCCUCCGAUGCUAAGGCCACCCCCACCGAGGUUUCCUCCAUCUUGGAGCAGCGAAUCCGUGGUGUCCAGGAGGAGACCAGCCUCUCCGAGACCGGACGUGUGCUUUCCGUCGGUGACGGUAUCGCCCGUGUCCACGGCAUGAACAAUGUCCAGGCUGAGGAGCUUGUCGAGUUCGCCUCCGGUGUCAAGGGCAUGUGCAUGAACUUGGAAGCCGGCCAGGUCGGUGUCGUGCUAUUUGGUUCCGACCGUUUGGUCAAGGAGGGCGAGACUGUCAAGCGUACCGGAGAGAUUGUCGAUGUUCCCGUCGGCGAGGCUCUUCUCGGACGUGUUGUUGACGCUCUCGGUAACCCCAUCGAUGGAAAGGGUCCCCUCAAGACCACCGAGCGCCGUCGUGCUCAGCUCAAGGCCCCCGGUAUUCUGCCCCGCCAGUCCGUCAAGGAGCCCGUGCAGACUGGUCUCAAGUCCGUCGACGCCAUGGUACCCAUUGGACGUGGUCAGCGUGAGUUGAUCAUUGGUGACCGUCAGACUGGAAAGACCGCCGUCGCCCUUGAUGCUAUGCUGAACCAGAACCGCUGGAAUCGUGGAACUGAUGAGAAGAAGAAGCUUUACUGCAUCUACGUUGCCGUCGGUCAGAAGCGAUCCACCGUUGCCCAGCUCGUCAAGACUCUUGAGGAGAACGACGCCAUGAAGUACACCAUCAUUGUGGCCGCUACCGCCUCUGAGGCCGCUCCUCUGCAGUACAUUGCUCCUUUCACUGGUUGCUACUCCGACCUCACCAAUAUCGAAGACGUCGACCUAGAGCAUUACAACCUGGAUGGCGCCUACGAUGGUUACCCUUCCAAGUCCGACCUAGAGGAUUACAAGCUGCACUACAACGCGGAUUACGUCUACGAUAGUCUAUCCGACACCGACUCUGACAUCGCCGAUUUCGAGCACGUCUGUUUCGAGCACGGAUUGUUGAAGCCAGCAAGCACCCAUAUAACGACGGCGUACACCCUCACACUACUACCGUAUGCUCCCGGGUCAGACUUUAACCUCACCAACAUCGACGAUGUCGGCAUCCAGGAGGUCGUCAACCCUAGUUACCCUUCCAUCAUAGAAGAGUUCCGUGACAACGGCAAGCACGCCCUCAUCAUCUACGAUGAUCUGACCAAGCAGGCUGUCGCCUACCGUCAGAUGUCUUUGCUUCUCAGGAGGCCUCCUGGUCGUGAGGCUUACCCCGGUGACGUCUUCUACCUCCACUCUCGUCUUCUCGAGCGUGCGGCCAAGAUGAACGACAAGCUCGGUGGUGGUUCGCUCACUGCUCUUCCCGUCAUUGAGACCCAGGGUGGUGAUGUGUCCGCUUACAUCCCAACCAACGUUAUUUCCAUCACUGGUAAAUUCGACGGCCAGAUCUUCUUAGAAGCGGAGCUCUUCUACAAGGGUAUCCGUCCUGCCAUUAACGUCGGUCUUUCUGUCUCCCGUGUCGGUUCCGCUGCCCAGGUCAAGGCCAUGAAGCAGGUGGCUGGAUCAUUGAAAUUGUUCUUGGCUCAGUACCGUGAAGUCGCAGCUUUCGCUCAGUUCGGUUCCGACUUGGACGCUGCUACAAAGCAAACUUUAAGCCGCGGUGAACGUCUUACCGAGCUCCUCAAGCAGAAGCAGUACUCUCCCAUGGCCGUCAACGAGAUGGUUCCCCUCAUCUACGCUGGUAUCAACGGUCUUCUUGACAACGUACCCGUCAACAAGAUCCUCCAGUGGGAGGCUGACUUCCUCGCCCAUCUUAAGGCUAACGAGUCAGACAUGCUCAACAAGAUCGACCGGGAAGGUGCUCUCAGCAAGGAGCUUGAGGCUCAGCUCAGGGAGGUUGCACAGAGCUUCACCAAGAGCUUCAUCGCAUAAACGGGUUGAAGGUUGAAAGAAUGUAUAAUAGAAGAUGCGUCCUCGCCAUCAGCCGUGUCUCAAUAUGGAAGAUUUGUUCGUUUUUCUGCACUGACAUGGACUGGCAACGCACGCCUCAAUCUAUUGACGAUGACCCUCUGUGAUUCCCUAUCUUCGUUUUAGCGGUACAUAUGUGGCUCCGUUCUCAUGAAAGUAGAAUGAUGAGUGGUUCUGUACUUGCCAAUCAAACCUUUCCUCUGUU